AUGUCUAGAAAUGAGCGUGACUCGACAGAGCACAUCUACCGCCAAACCGAUGCCAGCCCUAACCCGGCCCCGCCCUGUGAAGAUGUCGAGGAUAUCGACACUUCUCAGGCCAGCCAACAGAGCAAACCACGAAUCACCGUCGUCAUGAUCGCUCUCAGCUUGGCCGUGUUUCUCGCCGCUCUCGACAUCACCAUCGUAUCGACCGCCCUCCCUAAAAUGGUCGCUCACUUCAAAGCCUCCGAUAGCGCCUACUCGUGGAUCGCAUCCUCCUACCUGCUCGCCAAUGCCUCCCUCGUCCCCCUCUGGGGCCGCAUCAGCGACAUCACCGGUCGAAAGCCCAUUCUGGUGAUCUCCGUCUUCCUCUUUCUAGUCGGCAGUCUGAUCUGUGGUCUUGCCCAGAACGUAUCGAUGGUUAUCGCCGGUCGCGCCAUCCAAGGCGUCGGCAGCGGCGGCAUCACCGUCCUAGCCAACAUCUGCGUCUCCGACCUGUUCAACGUGCGCCGCCGCUCCGCCUACCUGGGCAUCUUCGGCGCCACCUGGGCUAUCGCAGGAGCCAUCGGGCCCAUCAUCGGCGGCGCAUUCACCACCUACUCCACCUGGCGCUGGUGCUUCUUCAUCAACCUUCCCAUCGGCGUCCUCUCCUUCUUCACUCUUCUCUUCUUCCUACGAAUAUCCACCCCUAAAACCCCCUUCCGGGACGCGCUCCACCAAAUCGACUAUAUCGGCCUCGUCCUAAUCGUCAGCGGCACCCUUAUGCUGCUCUUUGGUCUCGAAUUCGGCGGCUCCACUUACCCAUGGUCCUCCGCGACAACCAUCUGCCUCCUCAUCUUCGGCGUGAUCGCCAUCCUCCUCUUCAUCCUCCACGAGCACCGCACCCCCUACCCCAUCAUCCCCGCGACCCUCUUCACGGUACCCCAGAACCUCCUCAUCCUCACCAUCAACUUCUGCCACGGCGCCGUCUUCAUCGGCGCCUGCUUCUACCUCCCAGUAUAUUUCCAAAACGUCCUCGGCGCAUCCUCCCUCCUCAGCGGCGUAUACCUGCUGCCACUGGUUGUCGCGCUCGCCGUCUCCUCCGGCUUCGCCGGCUUCAUCAUGCGCACAACCGGCCGGUGUCGCGAAGCCAUCGUCUUCGGAAUGGCAUUCACCACCCUCGGCUACGGCCUAUACAUCGACCUGAAAGCCUACGCGUCCUGGCCGCGCAUCAUCCUCUUCCAGAUCGUGGCUGGGUUGGGCAUCGGGCCCAAUUUCCAGGCCACGCUGAUCGCGCUCCAGCGGAACGUCGCCGCGGAGGAGAUGGGCCGGUGCACGGCGGCGUUUUCCUUUGUGAGGCAGUUGGCUGCGUCUGUGGCUGUCGUGGUUGGCGAGGUCGUGUAUGGGGCGGUGGUUGGUGGGAAGGAGGGUGUUCUGAGUAAUGCGUUGGGAAACGAGGUCGCCGCUGAGGUCGUCGAGGCUGCUACGGCCGUCGAGGGGAUCCUGGAUGAGUUGACUGAGGAGCAGAAACGCGUUGUUUUGGCUGUUUUGGUUGACGCGUUGAGUCAGCACCCCGCGCCAACGCACAUGCUAUUCACCGCCUGCCGCUUCGCCCGGCUUAUCGUGCCCGACGGGAUUUUUUCCUGGCACAAACUAGUUCCCAACUACUUCGUAGUGCGGCGCCUGUUUCUUCACUAUCACUAUCACCACUGUCGUCUCGCCUACGGCUUCACCUGA